CUAAAAGAUAUACGAUAGAUUAAUUUUUGUUUUUUUCUGAUGCGGUAUAAAUUCAAGAGAUAUUGUUAAUUUUACAAUUAGGAUGAUAAGCCUACUGAUAAAGGCUGUACUAAUGGUGCAGCUAGUAAACGCGACGAGAAAUAUCUAUUCACCGUUGUAUCGAACAUACGACAUGGUGCCCCAAGGAAUAUGCAAAUCUCGACGGAUUCCAAUUAUUGACAAUAUCCUAACACAAUCGAACCCAUUCCUGCUUUCCAAUCCAGAGCGGGGUGCAAUUUUCUGGCAAAGUUGGAACUCAUCCUCAUUCAAAAAGUUUGCAGAUUGCAAAUUUUAUCUGCAAGCACCACCGAAAAUGGGUCUCUACCUCACAGUAACCCAGGCACAACUUCGAAAAAAUAGUCAGGGUAUUUGCAUCGACAGCAUCGUGGUUAAGAAAAGCAACGAGAAAAAGUUCCUCUUCUGCGAAUCGGACGAAAAUAAUGCUCCCCGAGUUUUCUCGGACGAUGGAGGCCAAAUGCGGAUAACGAUAAAUUUAGAUAGUACACUGCCAUUGUCAUAUUUGAACAGCACUCUUGAGGUACAGUUCGUGGUAACAGUAAAACGUGACUGUGAUACAGAGGGUUUUGAACCAUGCGAAGAGGAUGAAGAUGAUUCUUGCAUUGGAAAAGGGUUCUUCAACGACGGAAUUUUAAACUGCCCCAAGUGUACAGAUGAGAAAAGUUGCACCGAAGAUUCAGAACAAGUCCCGAUUGUGAAUCCUUCAAACGUGCUUUUAAGUGCAAUUAUAUCGCUGUUUGCAACCAUGGUAAUUUUUGGAGGCUGCCUGUGGUGCGUGUAUAGAUACCGCCAUUGUCUAACCACUUGCAAUACAAGCCCCGGAGCAGCUGGUAGAAAUAAUCGUGGGGAAGCCAUAGCCGCUGUGGAACAAAUGCAUGUCGAGCUGCCCUCAUCACCAUGUAGUGACAUUCGACCAACGGCUCCGCCUGACGAUGACAAAGAUUUUCCACCCACUUACGAUUCUCUGUUCCCGACAGGUUCUUCCGAACGAUAACGUAUUAAGAGUGUAGCUUAUAAGAUAUUUAAAUGUAAUAUUUAUAACAUAAUUCUUAACUUGAGUCAUUUCGAAAUAAAAUGAACUAAUCAAUGUUUUGUACAUACGAAAAA